GAUGGGAUCCAUGGAAUACGAGAAGGGAAUCGAACAGAACUUUACAGAAGAUGGGACUACCGAUCUUAAGGGCAAACGUGUCCUAAGAUCAACCACUGGGAGAUGGAGAGCGUGUUAUUACAUGCUAGGGUAUGAAAUUUGUGAAAGAUUGGCAUACUAUGGAAUAUCAACAAAUUUGGUGGUGUACUUGACAACAGAAUUACAUGAAGGCACUGUUAAAUCUUCAAACAAUGUCACAAAUUGGGUUGGGACAGUGUGGAUGACACCUAUUUUAGGUGCUUUUAUUGCUGACACAUAUUUGGGCCGAUACUGGACUUUCAUGAUUGCUUCACUCAUUUAUCUUGUGGGUAUAUGUUUCUUGACUCUAGUUGUUUCACUACCAUCCCUUAAGCCACCAACAUGUGGUAAAAAUGUGAGUUACCUAGACUGUGACAAAAGGGCCUCCUCGCUCCAAAUUGGUGUCUUCUAUUGUGCACUCUACAUUAUUGCAAUAGGGACGGGUGGAACCAAGCCCAAUAUCUCCACAAUGGGUGCGGAUCAGUUUGACGAUUUUGAGCCCAAGGAAAGGGCCCAUAAGCUCACUUUCUUUAAUUGGUGGAUGUUUAGCAUUUUCUUUGGUACUCUUUUCGCAAACACGUUCCUGGUGUACCUUCAAGAUACUUCGGGUUGGGGGAUAGGGUACGGUAUCCCAACAAUCAUGCUACUUGUGGCCAUAAUAACAUUUGUUUUUGGAACACCACUUUAUAGACACAAACCAAGAGGGGAAAGCCCGUUUACUCGAAUGGCUAAGGUACUAGUCGCGACUACAAGAAAGUGGAAUACAAGUGUACCUGCUGACCCGAAAGAGCUUUAUGAGUUGACUUUGGACGAGUACGCUAGUCCAGGGAAAUAUAGAAUUGACCAUUCAUCUUCAUUAAGUUUUCUCGACAAAGCCGCAGUGAAGGUUGAUGGACCGGCUUCCGGAUGGGACCUAUGCCCGGUGACACAAGUCGAGCAAACGAAGCAAAUGAUCAAAAUGAUCCCGAUCUUGUGUGCAACAUUCAUUCCUAGCACGCUGAUGGCCCAAACCCACACACUUUUCAUCAAACAAGGUACCACAUUGAAUCGGCACAUAGGGGAUUUUGAAAUCCCGCCGGCUUCUUUAUCUGUUUUCGUGACAAUCUCGAUGCUUAUUAGCCUUGCGGUUUAUGACCGCCUCUUUGUACCCUUCGUACGAAAGUACACAAAGAACCCAAGAGGUAUCACUUUGUUACAACGAAUGACCGUUGGGUUAAUCAUCCAUAUUGUCACCAUGAUUGUUGCUAGUCGUGUAGAACGACAUCGACUAAGCGUAGUUAAAGAGCAUGGUAUAUUAACAAUGAAGCAGAUUGUGCCUCUAAAAAUUUACAUUCUCAUUCCACAAUUCGCGUUGUUGGGCGUUGCUGAUUGUUUCUUGGAAGUUGCAAAACUCGAGUUCUUCUAUGAUCAAGCGCCCGAAGGAAUGAAAAGUCUCGGGACGGCUUAUUUCACGACUAGUCUUGGUGUCGGGUAUUUUCUUAGCAGUUUCAUCUUAUCGACUGUUGCUAAUGUUACAAAGAAGCAUGGACACCACGGUUGGAUCCUAAACAACCUUAACGCGUCUCGCCUAGAUUAUUAUUACGCGUUUUACGCAGUUUUGAGCUCCGUGAACUUCCUUUUCUUCCUUUUCGUGGCGAAAAAGUAUAAAUACAAUGCCGAAGUCACCAAUGUUGAGCAAGAGUCGAAAGAAGAUAUUGGAAAGAUCACAGAACAAAGUUACGUUUCCGGGUAAAACGGCUUUAGUUUGUGCCAAUGCCGAUAUAUGGGAUUUUGUAUAUUUGCUUGUUUGCUUUCGUUUUUUUCCGUUACACCGUUAAUCAUUGCUUUUAAGUUUUAGUCAUGACUUUUUGUAUUUAACUAGAAUUAAAUAGUAUUGUUAUUAUAUUAAAUAUCAAUUAUAUUUUGGGCUUUA